AUGACAAGCACAAUCCCAAAGAAGCAUGUUUUCCUGUGGACAGCUUUUAGAUCCUGUUCAUCUGCGUUUGAGCGUUCGAUUUUGACGUUACCCCGCAUGCAGUUGAUGUCAGAACCGUUUUCUGCUUCGUUUUACUUUGGACCUCAGAGACAAAGCUGUCGCUAUGAAUCAAAAGAGGCUGAUUCCAAAGCGAGUUACGAAAACGUUGCCAGGGAAAUUCUGAAUCAAGCUAAUGACGAUAACAUUGAUUUGCUUUUUGUCAAGGAUAUGGCUUGUUACAUGAAAGGAAGAUUGGGUUUUUUAAAGGAAUUUUUUCAAGACGCGAAACAUUCUUUUCUUAUUCGAAAUCCAAAGAAGUCGAUUCCUUCCCAGUAUCGCGCUAGUGAAAAUCCAGAAAUCCAAGAUUCCGGUUGGAAUUACUUCGACCCACAAGAAGCUGGAUUUCAGGAACUUUUCGAAAUGUAUUCGUUUGUCAAAGAUAACCUUGAUGCCAAUCCAGUUGUUAUAGAUGCCGAUGACCUUCUCGAAUCACCGAAGCAGAUCAUGAAGGAGUAUUGUGAUCGAGUUGGUAUCAAAUAUGAAGAGCAUAUGACUACAUGGAAACCUGGCGAAAUAAUCCAAGCCUGGCAAGAUGUUUGGGUAGCAUGGCGAAGAGGGGCUUUAAACAGCAGCGGUUUCAUCAAAUCUGACACUUCCUCAAGUAAACCAGAAAUAGAGUAUCCAUCUGAUGUUGUCAAAGCUAUGGAAGAUAGCCAGGCAUUUUAUGAUAAAAUGUUUUCUGUUCGACUUAGGUUAGCAUAAAAGUUGAGUCGUACGAAGUAUAAGUCUAACGUGAUCACCAUGGUUAGUGCUUUAUUGUAUACGCUUCUCCUCGUAAUCAUGGAAAUUUAUUCAGUUUAUUCUAUUUAUUUCGGUGUUGGGCAUUUUAACUUUAUUCAGGGAUAUAUGAUAUAUAAAUACGUUUGUUUUUAGAUCGGUUCGGAAAUCAAAAGUUCCACUAUAUCUCUAAUAUCUUUUGUUAAGGGACAAAGGAUGGUGUUUACAAGCUGUCAGAAAGGCUGGACAAACUGGCAAACCUUUGCUGGUCUGUUAAGUCUUUGACUAAAGAGUUUUGUACCGGCCUUUUAGGUGUUGGGGUCAAUCAGAAAACAGAAGUUGGACGCACGGAUAAUUGUACGAAACAUCAUAAGUGUAGUUUCAGUCUUUCGCAAUUACAGGUUUAACUGAGGUUAGGAAACACCUCUUCAAGCUUUUUUAAGAAACAUGGAAACAAGUUCGAUAGAUUUAAACAAGAGCCAUAAUGGUAUUGGCUCUUGAUAUAAAUAAUAACUUCCCUAAAUCUUGUUGGGGCUGCGCGACCUAACACUUUAUUUCUUUGUUCUCAGUUAGGCUAUUUUCAGCUAAAUUUCACUUACUUUCCUACUUUCAAACUAAAAUUUCUUUCGACUGAAUCUUAGGAAAAUUUGGUUUCUUUCAAACCAUCGCUGUACUUUCUUGUAUAGGAAUUUGGCUAUAAGAGAUAUUUUCAGUUAUGCAAAUUUUUUCCGCACGCAGCUGAAUUCAACUGAAUUCGGUAUCUUUUGUUCUAUCGGUUCUACCAUCUCCUAAAAGCUAUUUUCUGCAUAAGAAUACUGUUGACCUUUCUUAGAAAGCACUUAACUUAAUAGAUUAGUAUAAAUACAACCACUUUGUAAACUUAACUUCGCUUAGUAAAUCUUAGUAAAUCUUGGAACUCAGACUGAACUAUAAGAAGCUCAGGAAUAAACCGUUGUUCAACUCCACUUCCUGUGUACCUCGACUCUCUCAAAAUCUGUACCCCUACACAUGUCUCAUUUAAUUCUUAAUUGUUUUUUUUUUUUCGGUACACUUUGGUUCAGUGUUCUUUAAGAAAAUACAAUAAAAUCAACUCUCUCAUAACGGAGAGCUAGGCUAAAGACCGCCGCGCCCUAAUGAAUCCUGUAUUCUCCCGGCAACUGUGUGGUGCACAUUUAUUUCUUGACGUGGUCAAGUCAGUUGUUGCUGCGAGUUUUAUCCAUUUCUGGGAUCUGGGCCAUAAACCUCAAAAAAGCAACUGUUAAUAUGUUCUUUCUAUUCUGUCGUUAUCAUCUCUGGAUGAAUAAAAGGGAGAAAAAAAUAUAAAAGAAUAAGGAUUCUUAAAUACGCGCUGUCCCCAAAUUAGUACCUGAUCCACACCCAGAUUGUAAAGAGUGGAGAGAGGAGGGUUCUUCCGCCCUCUCUCUUCACGCUAGCCUGUUCCAGGCUUCAAGAUAGUGGUGAAACGUCGUUCAGUGAAAAGGUGUAAAAAGAUUUGAAAUGCGAAAAACGCGCGGGGGCUGGGGAGAGACAUUUUUCCCGCUGCCACCACCCCCUUUCCCAAGUCGCGCGCGUCUUAUUUUCCUUCUGCUCGUUUUAAUACGUCCCCACUAAAUAAUCUGAGAGCCUAGCACAGGCUAUCUUCACCCCGACACCCUCACCCUCUCGUCUGAACGCCUGGAACAAG